AUAUCGGCAGCAAAAUAUCUUGUCUGGCCCCGCCGAGCCUUAAACCUAGGCAACUGGGAGGGGACGACGAUAAAUUAAAACCUGACCGCUAUACUGCAGAAAGACAAAGACAAAAAAGUGCUCUUCAAUAUCUGGAAAAUCAAAAUCCCUAGGCAAAAUUUGCGAAGGGAAGUAUUGUCCCUUCAUUCCGGUAUUGUGCCCUAGCAAGCUAACACGCGGGAUACCAGUAUUAUAGCUCAAGUAAGAUAUUGGACACGCAGUAGAAUCAUUGAUUUGCCUGUAUUCGCAUAUUCUUCAUUUUGGUUAGAGAGAGAAUUGGAUAAGAGAGGUUCUGCUGAAUUGAUCUGAGUUUGGGAGUGAAAAAUGGGAGUCCCAGCGUUCUAUAGAUGGCUGGCGGAGAAAUAUCCGUUAGUGGUUGUUGACGCCAUCGAAGAGGAACCUGUCGUCAUCGACGGCGUUCAAAUCCCGGUGGAUACGAGUAAGAAGAACCCUAACAACGUCGAAUACGAUAACCUCUACCUCGACAUGAACGGCAUCAUUCACCCUUGUUUCCACCCUGAGGAUAGGCCAUCGCCGACCUCUUUCGAUGAGGUGUUUGAGUGCAUGUUUGACUACAUUGACAGGCUAUUCGUCAUGGUGCGGCCUCGGAAGUUGCUCUACAUGGCUAUUGAUGGUGUUGCACCGAGGGCUAAAAUGAACCAACAACGGUCUCGGCGGUUUAGGGCGGCCAAAGACGCUGCUGUUGCGGCUGCUGAAGAAGCAAGGUUAAGGGAGGAAUUUGAGAGAGAGGGCAGAAAGCUUCCUCCUAAAGAUGAGUCGCAGGUUUUUGAUUCAAAUGUCAUUACACCUGGGACUGAAUUUAUGGCUGUUUUGUCAAUUGCACUUCAGUACUAUAUUCAUCUUAGGUUGAACAAUGACCCUGGUUGGCAAAACAUUAAGGUUAUUCUUUCUGAUGCAAAUGUUCCUGGCGAAGGGGAGCAUAAGAUUAUGUCCUAUAUUCGCCUACAGAGAAAUCUGAAAGGUUUUGAUCCAAAUACACGGCAUUGCCUAUAUGGUUUGGAUGCUGAUUUGAUUAUGUUGGCAUUGGCUACCCAUGAAAUCCAUUUUUCAAUUCUUAGAGAGAUUGUAUUCACUCCUGGACAAGACAAAUGCUUCCUCUGUGGUCAGAUGGGUCAUGUUGCUGCAGACUGUGAAGGAAAGGCAAAAAGGAAGGCAGGAGAGUUUGAUGAAAAAGGAGGGGCAAAUGUAGCUAAAAAGCCCUACCAGUUCCUGAACAUUUGGACUCUGAGGGAAUAUCUGGAGUAUGAGAUGAGAAUACCAAAUUCUGCUUUUGAUAUUGAUUUUGAAUGCAUUUUGGAUGAUUUUAUCUUCAUGUGUUUUUUUGUGGGCAAUGAUUUCCUGCCACAUAUGCCUACGCUAGAGAUUCGUGAGGGUGCAAUUAACUUGCUUUUGGCAGUAUACAAAAAGGAAUUUAGGAAUUUGGGUGGUUAUUUAACAAAUGGAAGCCAGCCAAAUUUGAGCAGGGUGGAGCACUUUAUUCAGGCUGUUGGAUCCUAUGAGGAUAAAAUAUUCCAGAAAAGAGCUCGAUUGCAUCAGAGACAAGCAGAAAGAAUAAAGCGCGAGAAGGCACAAGCAAGAAGAGGAGAUGAUGCUGAACCUCAAGCUCAACCGGAGUCUCUAGUUCCAGUUUCACGAUUCCAUGGUUCUCGUCUUGCUUCAGCUCCUACUCCUUCACCAUUUCAACAACCUGGGAAUUAUCACUCUCACGUGUCCUCAACAAUUAGAAAAGACAAUAAAGAAGCCCUUGAGAGGCCUCAUAAAAUCUCUAAGUUAUCUUCAGGAGCAACUGUUGCUGCUGCUAUUGUUGAAGCUGAGAAUAGUCUUGAAAUAGAAGUUCAAGAUAAUAAAGAUGAAUUAAAAACAAAGCUAAAGGAGAUACUUCGUGAGAAAUCUGAUGUAUUCAACUCAAAAAAUGCUGAAGAGGACAAGAUUAAGUUGGGAGAACCUGGCUGGAAAGAGAGGUAUUAUGAGGAAAAAUUUUCUGCUAAAACUCCUGAGGAACUUGAAAUGAUACGGAAAGAUGUUGUCUUGAAAUACACUGAAGGCCUAUGUUGGGUGAUGCACUAUUAUUAUGAAGGGGUUUGUUCUUGGCAAUGGUUUUAUCCUUAUCAUUAUGCACCCUUUGCAUCUGAUCUGAAGGGCCUUGGUGAGCUAAAUAUUAGCUUUAUGCUGGGUACCCCAUUCAAACCAUUUGACCAGCUUCUAGGGGUUUUUCCUGCUGCAAGUGCUCAUGCACUUCCUGAGCCAUACAGGAAACUUAUGACAGAUCCAACCUCACCAAUCAUUGAUUUUUAUCCAAUCGACUUUGAAGUGGACAUGAAUGGCAAACGCUAUGCCUGGCAGGGUAUUGCAAAGUUGCCUUUUAUUGAUGAAGUUCGUCUUCUUGCAGAAGUUCAAAAAAUUGAAAACUUAUUAACAGCAGAGGAAACGCGGCGGAAUGCUAUAAUGUUUGACUUGCUUUUUGUGAAUUCCUGUCAUCCUCUCUCUGCGUGCAUAAGUACACUUGACAACAAGUGUAAAAACAUGCCAAACAGUGAACGGGCCAAGGUCAAGGAAAAAAUCAAUCCCAAAGAAAGGGAUACAUGCAGUGGUGGAAUGAAUGGUUACAUAUCUUUGUGUGGUGGAGAACCUUGCCCUCCUAUCUUCAGGUCUCCGGUUGCAAGCAUGGAAGAUAUCAUGGACAACCAUGUGAUAUGUGCAAUUUAUAGACUUCCAGAUGCGCAUAAACACAUUACCCAACCGCCACAUGGAGUUAAAUAUCCUAAAAAGACUGUGACAAUUGGGGAUCUAAAACCUGAACCUGUUUUAUGGCAUGAAGAUUCGGGUAGGAGACAUGCAGAAAAUGGGAGGAAAAACCCUCCAGGAUCUGUUUCGGGUCGGGAGCUUGGAGAGGCAGCACAUAGACUCGUUGUCAAUUCCUUACAGGCAAAGGUUGACCCUAAUAGAUUCCGCCAUUCACAUAAUGGACCCCCGGGAUCUUAUCCUGCACCAGUGGGUCAUCGACAACCAUUGCCUUCCUAUAACUAUGAAUCACGUCCAGGAUACGUUGCAAUGCCACCUCCUAUGUCAGCUCCAUCACUCCAAGGCCGACAACAGUUUGCACCUUACAGUGCUGUCCCUACUGCUCAGCAGUAUGGUUAUAAUCAAACAUACCCACCACAAAUGAUGUACAAUCCUAAUCAGCAAUCAAAUUUUUAUGAAAGAAAUGACUAUCAACAUCCUAGACCACAUCAUUAUGAAAGGAAUAACAAUCGUGAUGGGGGAAACGCAAGGCAUGGAUAUCAAUCAUCAGGAAAUAAUCAGAAUGCCAGGUUUAUGAAUACGCAAGGUGCAUUUGCCAGUCACCAUCACCAAGUUGGUAACCACAGCCAAAAUUUUCAACCAUCCAGCGAUUACCAGAAUUGGACUCCACGGAACAACUCGAGUGAGCACAGGGAAUAUGGUCAACAUUCGGCCAAUCAAUAUUCUGUAUUAGAUAGAAGAGGAAACAGGAAACCAAUGCCACCAUCUGGUUACAGUCGCAAAUAAAUUAAUUUACUCUAGGGAAUACUCUGUCCCUAACAAAUUAAAAAUUGUUGUACCAUAUCUUUUUCUUUCAUUUAGUUGAGGUUUGAGAUUUGUAUUAGCAAUUGCUGUUAAAUGUGUAGUUGAGACAAUAUUUUCCAAUUUUCCAUGGAAUAAAGUGUAAUAAGCAGUAACCCUUUAGAACUCACGUUGGAUAACAUUUUCUUUCUGAUAGGCUAUUCAAUUGAUUGUCAUUUGUCCCGAGGCUCGAUUGUAUACGUCUAAAACCGAUACUUUUUUCAGUCCAUGUAAUCUCCGUUUAAUUUUUACUGGUUUUGUGUUUGGAUCCAUCUGGACGUUAGAAAUUAUGCGAAAUUCUGUGUUUAGUCG